AUGACGGCCAACGAGCGGGCCGAGCUGGAACUGCUGCGCCAGCAGCACGAGGGCCUCCUCCACCGGCUCAAGACGCUGCCUGAGGACGAGGCCGUGGCGCUGCUCCUCCAGGUACGGUCCGAGACUCGAGUCAAAGAAGAUCUUGUCACCACUCGAAACAUUCCUCUGCCCUCUCGGACGAGCGUUGAGUUCGAGCUGAUGCACCGCCAUCCCAUCAUGUACCCAGUCGUUGCAGCUCAUGACUCCCCGGAGAUACAAGUGUCCCAUUUGAAAACACUUCCGUAUCGCAAGCAGGCAGCUGAGACAGGCGCCGGCUCCAGCAGGCUGUCUUCACGGCGACCCUCGUCCCCCCAAUCGUCCCCCACAAAACCAGCUGCCCGGCAAGGCCCAUAUCCCGACCCAAGAGACUCCCGGGAGCGGCAUUCUCUUCUCUGCGACCAGCGGCUGGAAGACAUCGAGAUCAUCAACUGGACCCAGGUCCCCAUAUCAAACGAGCUAAGCGCACAGCUCAUCUCGUUCUACCUGACUGUUGACCAUCCGAUUCUAGGGUUGUUCGAUGCAGACUUGUUCCUUGGUGAUCUUGUGACACUCAGGACCGAGUUUUGCUGCCCCCUGCUCCUCUCCGCGGUUCUUUGCUUUGCAUGUCAAGGUUACUCGUGCAUCGAUCCUACCACAGCAGCACUGAGCCAUGCCUUCUUCAACGAAGCCCAACAACUGCACGAGCAGGAGAGUACCAGCAAUCCGCAGUAUCAAUUCGCCAUCCCCAACAUAGCCGCGACACAGUUGCUCAGUCUCGCCGCAACCUGUAAUGGCCGAAAUGGGCUGGCGAUGAAAUAUCUGGCCGAGGGCAUCGAACUGGCACACCAGAAUGGUCUUUUGGCGGUAGACAAGAAGGCGUCGGCCCGUAAUUGGCUCGAUGACCAUAUAGACUAUGUGAAAGCCGCGUCACACACGGCAUGGGGCACAUUUUGCAGAGCUACGCUCCUCGGAAUGAACUACCAGACCACCUAUAUCCGCAUUCCCCCGUGGCUGCCAAUCCCAGGCACAGGCAUCGUCCGGUCCGACGGCGAAACGGAGCCUUUCGAACUCCCAGCUUACAUGGGCCAGAGCUUUACGGAGCUGUGCGGCCUGGUACCAUUGGUCAACGAAAUGCUGCAUGAAUACUACGACAGCGGCGACGGCGUGGCCUCGUCGAUCCGCGCCUCGUUCAGCUUCGCACAGGGUCUGUACAGGAGGCUGCUGGGCUGGGCCGAUGGACUACCCGUGUGCCUGGCCCGUGGCGACGACAUGCCUCACCACGCCGCCAUCGUCCACAUAUUCUUCCACACCGCCGUCCUGGACCUGUUCCGGCCGUUCCCCUUCCAGCGGCUCCAGGCGCCGUUUGAGCUUGGUGGCUUGGCCGCCGACAAUCCCACCCCGGAGGGCGUGUGCGACGCCUCGGUGAACCAACUAAAACACCUCAUCCUGAUAUUCCGGUCCAAGUACGCCUGCGCCACCUCCACCAUGCUGUGGCAAAAUGCGCUGUUGUACGUCGCUAACGCGUGCCUGCCCCUGCAGGGUGGGCCGGCCCCGCGCCCGGUUGGCGCUGCCGGCCAUCAUGAGGAACAUGUGGAGGGCGUGACGAGCGUGACGAGCACGACGCCGGGGAACCUGGACGGCGAGGACCUUGCAGAUGAGGAGAUGGACGAGUCCGAGGAGGCCGCUAACCGCCGCAAGUGGUUCACGGCCUGUAUCGACGCCCUCCGCGCCCUGGCACCGCAGUUCGGCAUAGCGACCGGAAUCGUACAGGGUAUCCUGAGCAUGGCCAUCCUCAAGGGCUCCAUCCCCGCCGUCGAGGGCCGUGCCAUCAUGGACCAGCUCAAGGCCGACGUCAAAGUAUCAAGUCGCCACCGCCGCGCCCAUCUUGGCCCCCGCAGCGCAACGGGAAGCAGUGUCAAUGUCAGCGGGGCGACCCAACCGGCGACAUUGUACGGUGGUGAUGAACAAGGCGAGGAGGGAGAGGAAGGCGGUAUGGACGGCGCUGGGGGCGGCGGGGCCUCUAAGCGCGAGGGCUUGGAGGCUGCAGGGAGGGUGCUUUGGGGGUCUUUCGAUGGCCUCGGAGCCGACAGAGCCGGACUCGACAUCAGCGGGCCCGCGAACCUGCCCGGCUGGCGGCGUGGCGGCAACAGCUUCGUCAUCGACCUCAACGAGGCGUCUGUGAACCCGAGUGCUGCCUCCUUGGACGUCCUAGCCCGGGCAUUCGACGAGCUUGCCAUGUUCGAUGAAUUCACGACAGGGGAGGACUGAGCUCAACAUAGAGCACC